CUCGGGUUCCCUGCCCCUCCCCCCUUCCCGGAGCCCCGAGGGGCCGGAGCUCCUGGCGGUGCCGGAUCCAGACGGCGGCCUUCCCCGGAGUCUAUGUGCCUGGUACCAUUCUAGAAGAGGGAGCGAUGACCACCAACUGAAGUCCUUGCAUCCUGGAGCUUAUCACGUAGAGAAGGGAGUGUACUCCAAACCAGCUAAUGAAUGGUGCAGCACGUGGCAGUGCUAUCUAUCUCACCAUGUUGUAGAGAGGACUAGGUCUGCCAAAAUGUCUGAAAGAUCAGAUCUCCUUCACUUCAAGUUUGAAAAUUAUGGAGAUUCAAUGUUACAAAAAAUGAACAAAUUAAGAGAAGAGAAUAAAUUUUGUGAUGUUACAGUUCUCAUAGAUGAUAUUGAGGUACAGGGGCAUAAAAUUGUGUUUGCUGCAGGUUCCCCCUUCUUAAGAGACCAGUUUUUACUGAAUGAUUCCAGAGAGGUGAAAAUCUCCAUAUUACAGAGUUCCGAAGUGGGGAGACAAUUGCUUUUAUCCUGUUAUAGUGGUGUGCUGGAAUUCCCUGAGAUGGAGCUGGUAAAUUACUUGACUGCUGCGAGUUUUCUUCAGAUGAGCCACAUUGUAGAACGGUGCACACAGGCCCUGUGGAAGUUUAUAAAGCCAAAACAACCAAUGGAUAGUAAAGAGGGAUGUGAACCACAGAGUGCUUCUCCCCAGUUAAAAGAACAGCAGGGAGAUGCCAGAGGCUCUCCAAAGCAGGACUCACCUUGCAUUCAUCCAUCUGAAGACAGUAUGGAUAUGGAGGACAGUGAUAUUCAAAUUGUUAAGGUAGAAUCUAUUGGGGAUGUAUCAGAGGUUAGAAGUAAAAAAGAUCAGAACCAGUUUAUUUCUUCUGAACCCACUGCUUUACAUUCAUCAGAGCCCCAGCACUCCCUGAUAAAUUCAACUGUGGAAAACAGAGUAAGUGAAAUAGAGCAAAACCAUCUCCACAAUUAUGCCCUCUCUUACACAGGCAAUGAUAACAUCAUCAUGGCCUCAAAAGAUGUCUUUGGGCCUAAUAUUCGAGGUGUAGACAAAGGCCUACAGUGGCAUCACCAAUGCCCAAAGUGUACUAGGGUGUUUCGUCACCUGGAGAACUACGCCAACCAUUUAAAAAUGCACAAACUCUUUAUGUGUCUACUCUGCGGCAAGACUUUUACUCAGAAAGGCAACCUUCAUCGACACAUGCGUGUGCAUGCCGGAAUUAAACCUUUCCAGUGUAAAAUAUGUGGGAAAACCUUUUCUCAGAAGUGUUCCUUACAGGAUCAUCUUAACCUUCACAGUGGCGAUAAGCCCCAUAAAUGUAACUAUUGUGACAUGGUUUUUGCACAUAAGCCAGUUUUGAGGAAACACCUUAAACAGCUGCAUGGCAAAAACAGCUUUGAUAAUGCAAAUGAGAGAAAUGUGCAAGACCUCACAGUGGAUUUUGAUUCUUUUGCAUGUACAACAGUCACAGACUCCAAAGGGUGUCAGCCACAGCCUGAUGCGACACAGGUCCUGGAUGCAGGUAAACUGGCCCAAGCUGUCCUGAACUUAAGGAAUGAUAGUACUUGUGUGAAUUGAGUAGGGGCUUCAUGCUCACAACCAGAACUGACUGAGAAUGUGGCAAUAGUCUGAGUCUUUUUAGGAGUGAUUUUGCUAGUUUGACUUGUCCAAAGCCUCUGUGAAGGUGGUAAGGAGUGAGUCAAAGCACUAACAGACCAGGCAACUUAACCACUUGGAGUGGUUUUUGCCUUCUUUUUGCCCUUUCCCAUUUCUGUUUUGAAUUAUUUAUCCUGUGAUGUCUGUUUUCCUUUCCCAAGGAAUAGUUUGUCUUCCAUUUGUCUACCUAAUGUUGACUUAUGUCUUAGACUGACACAAUUUUAGGCUUUUCACCAUGUACAUUGUGAAGGUACCAACAAGUUAAUAUCACCUACUCUCCAGUAACCAAUGCAAUGCUAAGAGAAGUAAAUAAUAUUUUUCCUUGGCAUAAAAUAGGUUGAGAUAUAAGGUGACAUUGUGAUGGACCUAAAUAUGAAAUAGAACUUGUGGUUACUUAUUGAUAAUUUAUCCAUGCUUGAUAAAUGAAUGAAUUUGUUUCCUACUAUCAGUACUUGUCUUGGUGCUGACUAUAAAGAAGUCUGUUGGUUUGGUUUGGGCUCUUUAAUGGUAUCAUAGCCCACCUUUACCUCAUUGAAUUUAUACAGAUCACAAUUCAGUCUUUGCAGCCACACCCACAGACAAAUAGGGAUCAUCAUGAGGAGCAUAAUCAACAAAGAAUAACAGCACUUACGUGGCAAUUUUUUUUGGUAAAAUAUUCCACCAAGAGGCCAGAAGCUUCUAAUUAAUGAGUAACAUACUUGUUGAUACUUUUGAAAUCAGGAUUGCUCCAAGGAUACUUAAAAUGUGCUAAAAUAUCAUGGUCUCUCUAAAAAGAGGCUACUUGGGAGCCUCUGAACUUUGUUUCAGAGUUUAGUUUUCAGAGAGGUGAGUUUGGCCAUCCAGAGUUCUCUCCAGUGCAUUAUUAGAAGCUUUGAAUUUUCAUUUCCUUGUGUACCUUAAUUUCUAAAAUGGAUGAAAAAAUUAAGUGGGAUGCAGAGUAUUCCUCUUAAAGGUACAUCAUGGUAUUCCUCUUAAAGGUACAUCAUGCCACCUUGCCGUCUUUGCUAGAUCACUAAUAGAAAGUUGAUCUUCCCCUUUGGACAAACAAAACAAUUGGUUUUCCUAAAACACAUAUUAUUCUUCAGACAUAAAAUUUUGAGUCUUAUUUGCUUCUGAACCAUGAGUUAGAUUUAGGUAUUAGGAGUGUUAGCAUCCCUAGAGAAUCUUAAGGGAUCGUUUUUUUCCACCUCUUUCAUCUUAAGUUGGGGAAUUCAAAGCCCAAAGAGGUGUUGUGGCCAAGAUAUGGCCAAGGUAGGUAAAUGACUAAAUAGAAAUUAAUGUCUCCUUAGUUCUUCCUCCUAUCCCUUUGCAUAAAAAGACUUAGUACAUGAAGAAGAAUAACACAUUAGCAAAAAUCUUCCAGUUUAUGUUUUCACCUUUGUAUUUCUUAUUUCGCUUUCUCAGGAAGCCUAGAUUUUUGUCAACAAAAUAUCCAGAGGAAUAUUUAAGUUAAUCACUUUUUAGAUGAGUAUUACAUUCUUCCCAAGCAAAUGAUUAAUUUGCUGGGUAUUGUUAAGGAAGGAAAGGGCAAGUAAGAAUAAUGUGAGAAAGAUACAAAUGUGAAAUUGAUUUUGUCUGGGAAAGUGUUUAUUUAGUUCCCAUCAGGAUUUUCUGUUUUUAUUCUUAAGCUAUGAGAUUGCAUGCACAGAUAAACCAAAAAUUAGGCUUAAUUUGUAUAGUCAAGGGAAUUCUUGUUAUAAUUUGAUACAUUUACUGUGAGUACAAUUUGAGCUAUAUUUUCUCUUUUGUUCUAAUAUUAAAAUGAGAAUACACUGAAUAAGACGACCAAUGAUACCUUAUGCCUAGUGUUACUCAUUUUGUGAUCUAAUGAUAUCUCCUAGCAUUCUGGUUUUUGUACGAUCCAGCCAAAGAGUACCAGUGUUAUACAAGGGCAUUUUUGGCAUUUUCUCAGAACGUGAUUUCUUCACAGGGAAAUUUCAAGUUGGAGUGAUUCCUUUGCUCACAUUUAUGAUCUAUUUUUAUUACUGGUUUGAAAAUUCAAAGGCAUGGUUCAAAGAUGAUUGAUUGGUCUCUGGCCAAGACUGAUCUCUGGUUGGAGACUAUUUCUGGGUUCAUUUACUCAUUCAAGAAACAUUUAGUAAGCAUCUACGUCGCUAAACAUUGCUAGAUAUUGAGGAUGUGCAGGUAAGCUUGACAAUAUCCCUGCCCUCAUGGAGCUUAUAGUCCCAUAAUGUCUAGAACAAGGUUUUAAUUUAAUGUUAUACUUGGAAUAAUAAAACUGCCUUGCUUUCUUUGAUCACUUAAAAUCAGCAUCAUUUUUUAGUUUUGUAAGAGUAUAUUUUUAGUUCUCAACUUUUGCAAAUUGAAACUACCCAAGUGAUACAUAGUUUCCUCCAUUUCUUGACUACAGAGAUGUUCCUUUCUGAGACAUUUUCUUAAUUUGGGUAGGUGGGACUGGGCUUUUCUCCGUUGCUUAUAUAUGUUUCUUAGAUUAUAUUGCAAAGAGGUCAAGGUAUUGAUGACAAGUACAUUUUAUAAGGGAAAAUGACUUUUCAUACCAGUCAUAUUCCUAUAAGGGAGGACAGUUUUUAAAACUUUAGUCAGUCAACAUUUUAUUUUAUGGAUUCCCAGCAUCACUAAAAAGGAAAGAUUAUCUUUAUUAGUUUUUUUUUGUUUUAUUAUUAUUACUGACUCAAGUUAUUUAUUUAUUAUUUAAUUUUAAAGACAAACUCCAAACUGAAGUGGCUCUGAGAUAAAUCAGAUGUGGUUUUGUUUCCCUUUCUUUAUUAGGAGAUCUAUAAAUGGAAGGUGAUGUAUCACCACAUCUAAAAUAUUGUCCUAAACAACCCAGAACAUUUUAUUUCAGCUCAUGAAUAGCUGUUCUAAAUCUGUUGUAUGUUAGACAUACUACGAACUACCUCUUCACUUAUUAUGGGGAAGUUUCCUUAAUAAAAGUGUCACAAAUUGAAGCUCUGGUGUCAGUGGUUUAUUUUCUCACUCUCCUCCUUCCUGCUUUCCUUUUUAAUUAUUUGAAUUCAGACAUUCCAUCUUCAUGUCUGUUGUUCUUUAAAAUACAUGUAGAGCAUGUGGAGCUUGCCUUCGGAAAAAAAUAUGGGUUAACCAGAAUUAUUUGUUGCAGUUACUUCCAUGUGAACUUGCUGUCUGAGGGGGUAGGGCAAGCACUUUUAAACUUUGUUCGGCUUAUCUCCAUUGUUGGGUGAUGCACAUAGCAGGCCCUGGUUCAGUUCCAGAGGCCCAACCAAAGUAGGCCAGGCCAUUGGCCUGUGGUCCUAUGUAACUGGGAAGCUCGAGCCAGACAAUCAAGAUGCUGUCAGAUCUCUCUCCCUCAUACUGUCUUGU